GGGAGGCGGGGGGAGUGUGUGUGUGUGGAUGGUGGGCCGGGGUAUCGCGUCUCUCGACUCGGCUCCUCGAUAUCUUGCUAGCAUACAGACAGUCGCCUGCCCGCAUCCAGUAUGGAUUGUUUACAGGAAGAAUAAAAAAUAGCGAUCACCAUCGUGGCAGCUGCUUCUGUUGGUAAAUACGCAUCAUUCACAACCGCUGUUGUCAUCGCUGCAUGGAGCAGAUGAUUUCUGAGCUUUGGUAAACAUAAGGCCUUUCAGCUGUUUGACUGUGUGGUAUAUGUCGGGGGUUAUUGUAGGAAGAUGAUCUAAACAACACUGCGGAUAUAUCUAACUUGUGUGUCCAUUAUCACCCAGAGGCGAGCAGACGUUCCCCUGAAGACAGCGAGUAACUAUGGCAGAACAAGACAUUUGUCCUCACCUGGACUCCAUAGGAGAGGUAACCAAGGAGGACCUCCUCCAGAAAUCCAAGGGCACUUGCCAAUCUUGUGGAGCAGGAGGCCCAAAUCUGUGGGCCUGUCUGCAGAGUGACUGUCCGUAUGUUGGCUGUGGAGAGUCCUUCUCUGAUCACAGCACCCUGCAUGCACAGGCUAAGAAGCACAACCUGACUGUGAACCUGACGACGUUCAGGAUCUGGUGUUAUGUGUGUGAGCGAGAGGUAUUUUUGGAGCACAGGCCUGCGCUGGUGCCCGUGCCUGCUGCUCCCCACCACUGUAAACCCACAGAGCAGGAAGCAGCUCCUCAGCCAGUAGGUCACCCGCUAAAAGCAGUACCGAUUGCUGUGGCAGAGGAAGAAGGUUCAGAGUCAGAGGAGGAUGAGCUUAAACCCAGAGGCUUGACAGGAAUGAAAAAUAUCGGUAACUCCUGCUACAUGAAUGCAGCUCUCCAAGCCCUGUCCAACUGUCCCCCUCUCACUCAGUUCUUCCUGGACUGCAGUGGAUUGGUCCGGACUGAGAAGAAGCCUGCUCUCUGCAAGAGCUACCAGAAACUAAUCUCAGAGCUCUGGCAUAAAAAACGGCCCAGCUAUGUUGUGCCUACCAGUCUGUCUCAUGGCAUCAAACUAGUAAACCCCAUGUUUCGUGGUUACGCUCAGCAGGUAGGGGCAAGUACCCAGCAGGACACUCAGGAGUUCCUGCGCUGUCUGAUGGACCAGUUACAUGAAGAGCUAAAGGAGCCUCUGACAGAGUGCAGCAUGAGCGGGGAGGGAAGUGAUGGUGAAGAGAUAAGAGAUGGAGACCGCUCCCCGUCCGAGGACGAAUUCCUAUCCUGCGACUCUGGCUCCAGCAGUGACCGCGGGGAGGGGGGAGGAGCGGGUGACAGUGAGCUGCUCCUGCAGGAUGAGUGUGACGGGGUCAGGUCACCGACAGGAGGGAUAGUGGGUGUCAGUACCGGCGGGGUGAUCUCGGAGAAGGAGAGGCUGAAGGAAAGGAGGGUGUCUGGCUCACCCCUUCGUGGAGGCUCGCAAGAGAUGGAUGAGGAUGCUGAUGUGGAUACAGCAGCUGAGGAGGGGGCUCCUGAGAGGGGGGAGGAAGAGGAGGUGACGCCAACCGCAAACACUGAGGUCCAAAGCCAAGAGAAUAACCAGUUAUCUGAUACUGGGCAAGGGCAAAGCCAGAGCAACAACACCUCAGAGCCAGACAAUGAAGCGUCAAUGCCCCAGCCCCAGUCCACUCCCUGCAGUCCUGUGCGAACCAUUCAGGAGCUGCAUCCCAAACUGUCCUCCAGUCAACCUCGCUCCAGUCCCCUCCGCUCUGCAGGACCUGCGUACACCUUCAAAAAAGCUCAGCUGCUGCUCAGUGCCAGGAAGAAGAAACAGUCUCACUAUCGCAGUGUGAUCUCGGACAUCUUCGACGGCUCCAUCCUCAGUCUGGUCCAGUGUUUAACCUGUGACAGGGUCUCUACAACAGUGGAAACCUUCCAAGACUUGUCUCUCCCUAUUCCUGGUAAAGAGGACUUGGCAAAGCUCCACUCUUCCAUACAUCAGAACCUUCCAGUCAAGACGGGCGUGUGUCCCGACACUUACAGCUCACAGGGGUGGAUCUCCUACAUCAUGGACUCCAUACGCCGGUUCGUAGUCUCAUGUAUCCCUAGUUGGUUCUGGGGGCCCAUGGUGACCCUGGAGGACUGCCUCGCUGCCUUCUUUGCAGCAGAUGAGCUCAAAGGGGACAACAUGUACAGCUGUGAGAGAUGUAAAAAGUUGAGAAAUGGUGUCAAAUAUUGCAAAGUACUUAGACUUCCAGAGAUUCUGUGCAUUCACCUGAAACGCUUCCGGCACGAGGUCAUGUAUUCGUUCAAGAUUAGCAGCCACGUGUCCUUCCCGUUGGAGGGCCUCGACAUGCGACCUUUCCUGGCUAAAGAGAGUCCAUCCCAGGUCACCACUUACGACCUGCUGUCAGUCAUCUGUCACCAUGGCACUGCAGGAAGUGGACACUACAUAGCUUACUGUCAGAAUGUGAUCAAUGGCCAGUGGUAUGAGUUUGAUGAUCAGUAUGUCACAGAGGUCCAUGAGACGGUGGUGCAGAACGCAGAGGCCUAUGUGUUGUUCUAUAGAAAAAGUAGUGAGGAGUCUGUGAGAGAGAGGCAGAAGGUGGUGGCCCUCGCCAACUUGAAGGAGCCCAGCCUGCUGCAGUUUUACAUCUCCAGAGAAUGGCUGAACAAGUUCAACACCUUUGCCGAACCAGGCCCCAUCAGCAACCACACAUUUCUUUGUCAGCAUGGAGGGAUCCCUCCUAAUAAAUACCACUACAUAGAUGACCUGGUUGUGAUUGUUCCUCAGAAUGUGUGGGAGUACCUUUACAACAGUUUUGGAGGUGGCCCAGCGGUGAACCACCUGUAUAUGUGUGCCAUCUGCCAGGUGGAGAUUGAGGCUCUGGCUAAGCGCAGAAAAAUGGAAAUAGACACCUUCAUAAAGCUGAAUAAAGAGUUUCAGGCUGAAGAGGCUCCGACGGUGAUCCUGUGCAUCAGCAUGCAGUGGUUCCGAGAGUGGGAGAGCUUUGUGAAGGGCAAAGACAACGAGCCACCUGGUCCCAUCGACAACAGUAAAAUUGGUGUUAUGAAAGGAGGACACAUACAGCUGAAGCAAGGCGCAGACUAUGGUCAGAUCUCAGAGGAGACGUGGCAGUACUUGUUGGGUAUUUAUAGCGGAGGCCCUGAGAUCGCAGUGAGACAGACUGUGGCCCCGGCUGACCCCGACAGCCUUCAUGGAGAGAGGAAGAUCGAGGCAGAAACCAGAGCACUUUGAGAUAAAAAGAGGUCUUCUGAUUCCCCCCUUUCCACUCCUGCCCUCGCAGGAAGCUGAGGAAUUUGCACCUUGGUGAAGAGGCCUCGUUGUGAGCACUUUGUAAAUGUAGCAACGUAUUAUUCUGAAGCCGUGACGCGAGAGGGUGAAACGGUACUUAAAUAUCACAUAGUUUAUUUAUUGGAUAACUCUGAUCCUCAAUGUUAAGGUGUAAACAAAAAAAAAAAAAAAAGACGUUGUGUCACAUCUCUGGAGCUGUUUUUGGUAGCUAUGGUGUUUCAGUGGCUGCUGUAGUGACUAGGUGUCAGAUACUGCUUUAGUGGCAGACAGCUGCUGGUGUCGGGAACCAGCCUGCUGAGGAGGACAGAUCUACGGUGUGAUGUUUGCUUUGAGGACUGCACUUUUCUUCUUUGUUGAAAGCAACAACCAAGACACGUUAACGAGCUUUCUGUUUGCCUGUUUACUAGUUACAUAGCAACAAGUUCAGACAUCAAAGUGAGAGAUAUUACAUAAAUCAUACUCUUGCACCUCCAACCUUAAACACACAGGAUAACUGAGCCCUCAGGAAUGAAGUCUUUGGUUUGUUAAAGCCAGUGAAAUGAUCAGAUUAACAAACUUUAAAGAAAACACCACAGCAGGUUUGUGUCACACCACAGAACAUGCAUGUGUUCCUCAACGACCAUUUUCAGGGUGGGUUUGCAAAGCUUCAAAAUGCAUGUUACUGCUCCUCCUUUAUUUGGACUUGUAAGGCCAUUUCACUGACAGGACGAGGUGUCGAAUUUGUUCGCUCAAAUGCAAAAUAAAAUCUUUUCUGUCUUUAAAAGGAUGGAAAUAUUGAGUCGCUCCUGUCUACAAAUAGGCACACGGGCAUAAAGAUAUAAAGACAUGGCAAAGUUCUGAAAAGUCAAACUAACUUAAGUUAAAUAUGGCAGGAGUGCAGGAGUUAUGUAAGUAGAAGAGUAUAUAUCUGGUGCAAUAGCUGUACAUUUUCCAAAGAAAGAGAAUGUUGUGCAACAAAAUAUCAACUGUCUUCUCUAAUGACAGCAUACAAAGUAAGCUUGUAAUUCCUCGUUAACAGUUGUCACACAGUUAGUUCUUGAGGAGAGAUGAAUACAUCAAGUGACUAAUAAUGCAGUACCUGUUUUAACAAAGAGAGGGCAGUAUUUUCACCAUGUAAUAAUUUAGCAGAGAAGUAGAAAUCUGACAUCACAAAUAAUGAGCACAACAUGCACAAAUCCAAGACAGCAGUAAAGUAAUUUAUGAUAACUAUUUGAUUUUUUUAUUUAGUCAUAAUGUCUUAAUUGUGCACGUUUCGCCAUCAGAAAAAUGAAGCUGUACCCCCCUAAGGUUAGGGAUAUCAAACUAUGCGUUAUUUACUUGUAAAAAUAUUUGUGCAUCUGCAAAUUUCAUUUCUGUUGAAGAGGCAUUUUAAAUUUGUAUGCAAAGACACAGAUCUUCACUGAUUGAGACACAGUAGCUUGUUUACUCAAAUUAUAAUCUGCUCAACUCAUACAGGAAGCCACUGAUCAAAAUGUUCCCCUAACCUCAACGCUUUGUUUCGAGAAAAAAUGAUUUAGAUCUUGAGGUUUUCUCGUCUUUUUAAUAUCUUCUGAUCAGAGAUCAGACUGGUAAACAAGGGUGUUUUCUGCAAUUUAACAAUAUUUGAGAUAAUUAAAACAACUCCUAAAGAGCAGCCAAUAUGCACAGUUGCUCAUUUUUGAUGGCUGUUACUAAGUUUUAAUUUGAAAUAUUCAAAGUAACAUUGCAUAUUGUGUAGAUUUGUUUUCGUUACAGCAUAAGUCAAUGCAAGAUUAAGGUGCCAGGGUCUGUAAGAACAUCUUACAUCUGUAAAAAAUGGGUCAGUGAGUCAGUUAAAGCUCAGCAAGAUAAAUCACUUCCUCCUUUAUGUUAUUGUAGAUAAAUCACAUACCUGCCUUUUUUAACGUAGGCUACAGAUCUGCAAAGACACAGUUUGCCACCACAUUUAAAGCAGAUGACGCCUAGCAUUGCAUAACAAGACUGUUGAGUGUAACAGCUUUUCUGUUAUUUAUUAAUGUUAAUAAUAAAUACUAAUUUUGAAGGCCCAGACUAGAAAAAUUAAAUUAUUAUUUUUUUCUGUUAAAGAACCUGUAUGCGACAUUCAGAGCGUAUCUAUGAUUGAGAGUCUGAGCCGGGCUUGUCUGCACACGGCUUUCAACAUGGAGGUGGUUGAGCAGGCGGCUAGAAGCUAAAGGUGCUAACAAUGAAAUGAGAACGCAUUAUCAGCGGUAACUGUUGCAUGAGCACAUUGCAGUGGGGACGAUAAGCUAGUCAGUGGGUUACAUUCACAGGGUCUCACAUGCACUGAAAUGCACAGGCUGCCAGCACAGCUACCACAACAACAACAACAGAGAACCUCAGAUAACAACACACACAGAGGAAGCGUGACUGCAUUCUCUGCUCAGGACGCCAUUACUCCACUAUAUCUUUACAUAGCAAAUAGCAGUUUGCUGCUAUAUUAAUACUCUGAAUGUUGCAUACAGUGCCUUUAAGUUGAAUAAUAAUUUUUAAUAGCACAAUUAUUGAAACUAUAUUAAAAAUGGCAAGAUAGUAUUAAAUAAAAAAAUUCUGAAGUUACAGUCGAUUUACAUUUACAGUUUUAUGGUAAAAUCCUGUUACAUGUCAUGUUAUAUAAAGCACCAAUUCACCAGUAAGUUGUUUUAAAAUCUUUUCCAUUAUCAUCAAUCUUUAAAGUAGUAAUUAUAAUUAUUACUUUUGCAGAAAAACAUCCAUAAAUUGGAGAUCCACUCGGAUAAAUACUGCUAUUUACCAGUCUAAACGGCCACAAGACGUAUCAGUAAAUACAAAUGAGUGGCAGCCCAGCAUCUUGAAGCCUGUUUGACUGUAACUUUUAAUGCCAAAUGACUGAAAAGAAGAAUGAAUACUGAUUUGACCUUUAGCUGCGGCGCAGUAUUCACAUAGAGAUACAGUACUUCAAACCUUUUGCUGUUCCUUUUUUUGACACCUUUUUUGUAGCAGCACUCAAACUAUGAGAUCUGGUAAAGAUAAAAGCUAAUUAUGAGCUGAAAUGUAAAGAAUAUAGUAGUGUUAUAAUUUAUGAUGCAGCACAGUCAUCCUACCUUGAAAUACAGUGCCUUCAAGCCCCUUCACACCCACAAUGCACGUGCACAGGUGUUUUUACAUAUUUUUGCCUGAAUAUGACUGUGUGAGCAUAUACAGACAUUAAGCAUUUGAAGUUAAGUUCAUGGCGUUUGUUGACCUCGAAAUUCCCUGCAUUGCUCUGCUCACCUGUAACCUGAGCAGAGGUGUAAUCAGCCAGGAUGUGUAAAAAACAGCUGUGUGGGUGUUAAAGGGUGACCGUAAACUUUCUAUCUACCUUGGCUUUGGAAAGGUCUCGUUAGCGGUGUACUAUUAAAUCUCCCAGCUGUAUUUCACUGUAAGAUCAAUCAAAAGAGGUGACCGUGAUCUCAAAAAAUUAAAUUCAAAUACAUGACACAAGAUACAGUGUGGAGAGGGGGAGUGACGUAUAAAUGUGCAUGAACUAAGAAGGGUAUUCAGAGUGCCCAUUGAUUAGAAAAUGUUAAAGUUUCUCUCCCGGCACUGAUUUAACCCCUAAAAACUCAUCUCUGUUCAUCAAAAUCUCAUAUUUAAAAUCCUUUUAUACCUUGAAAUGGCGAUCAUAUAACUAUACAUCUUUACCUGACUUAGUAUGCGUGGAUUGAUAAAUAUGCAAAUUAGCCCGCUCCCCAGAUGCUCACCUGCAGCAGCGCAUCCGUCCACCUUCGAUUCUGUUCAUCAAACAAACAAACCUCUGCUUGUAAACUGUAUUAGAUAACGUGAGCCUUUAGCUUGACCAUGUUAUCGGCUAAUAAUGUGUUGCUAAUGUUGUAAACUUUUUCCCAACUGCCCUGACGAGUUGAACUCCCGCCUUUCGCUGUACAUUAUGGGAUUGGUCUCUAAGGUUUGUGAUGAAACAAACUGUCAUUGGUACACUGCAGUUCCAAGGUAAAAAAUGCUCACCCAUGGCACUGACUGCUUAUUUCGCUCAUGAUAUAUGUCUUGUAGCACAUAAAAAAAUACCAUAUGGACAGAUUAACAAGGUUAAAAACUUGAUAUUCGGUGAAGGGGGUUUUUCAAGGUAUAGUUUGUCAUUUCGGGCUUUCUGGCCGAGAGUCAGAUGAGAAGACUGAUGAUGAUUUUCUCAUUGAACUUAAUUUCAGACUAUUCCUUUAAAGAUGUAAAAUAAGUUGUUAACAUACAUAAAACAAAGCUUGGCCUCAAAAUGAUGCAUCACUUAGAUUCAAAGUUAGUUUUCUUAGUUAGCUAAAACUAGAAAAACUUAGAGAAUUCAGGAAAAACAAGACAGACUUGUGAUACAAUCUAACAAAGAUCCAACAAUUUCAAAAAGCUCAACAGAUAUUUAGAACUUUAACUAUCAGAUGAGCAGCUUUAACAUUUCCUGAGGUAUCUGUCCAACAAGACACGAAGAUGGUUACUCAGAAUACCCUAGAUGACUUUAAAGACUCACCACAGAUAUUUUGACUUGCCGUAGCAGGAAAAGCAGGUGUACCUUAUACCAUUAACAAUCACCCAGUAUUCUGUUUAAAGGCUCAGUUUGCAAUUCAGGUGAAAGAAAGUUUAUUGUUGAGUCUCAUUCCCAGGUCAUCAAAUACCAAUACUUUGGGUUGGUGGUGUCAGUAUUUACAGACUUUGGCGAUAAAUAUAAGCCCCGUGCUCUGUUUUUUGGUCCCUACCAACUCCCAAGGGAAAUAUCUGGCUCUUUAGCUGCUAAAUGCCCCACUAUGUUUAACAGCUAGUUGCUAAUUGUGCCCAUUUGCAGUGGGUUUUUAGUGAAGUUGUGGGCAGGGCAGCAAACCAAUAAGCUGAAACUCACUAAUAACCUCUGGAAAGCUGAUAAUCAUCGCAACCACUUUCAAGUUGUCAUUUGAUGCACUGUUAUCAAAAAGACAUCAAUUAUAGCCAUCUUACAUUUGAAGCUAACAGUCGUGAUACAGCCUAGCUAUUGUCACUGUCAUGGCUAACAUUAACAAAAGCUGCAGUUCCUUGAAUGACCACUUGAGGCUGGCUACAGAGGUGAAAAUGGGGAUGGAUUUUUAUACAACUCACCCUGUUACAUUUAUUAAGGCUUCAAGUUAUGCAUAAUGAAGGGCGGGGCUGCUUUGAGUGACAGGCUGUCCAUAAGACUUAGCCUACUCGACAGCUACACCCUCCCGUCCAAAUAUGGUUGCCCUCUGGCUCCAAAAAACCGAGACGGUGACUGCCGAAAUGCCAAACUCAAGGCUUUAAAGCAGGAGUCCACAAACCAAUGGGUGACAUCAUGUUGGCUACAUCCAUUAUUUUAUGUAGCCUAUAACAUUAACCCAGCAAGUAAACAAACCAUCUUACAGUUUCCCAGCGCUCUCAGAUGAGGACAUUGAAUACAUGGUGGUAACAGAACCUAUAUCAGUGGUUACGGCUCAGUGUCAUCAUACCUGCCUGAAUGGGGCCUGAAAAAAAUACUUAACAGAAAUCAGCAAUCAUUAAUGUUUUUAAUUUCAGUUGAAUUAUUCCUGCCAUGACACGUCAAACAUCACCUCUGUCUAUGAACUUUAUUCCAGACCAUGGCCUAAAGCAAUCCAUGUCUCUGUUUAGUUUGUUCAUGUGCCCAAAGAGCAAUUUACCAUUUUUAAUAGCAGAGGACACUGAUCUGCCCAUUUGUCAAAACAGUUUUGUAGUACUUUUCUUUUUACACAUGUUCAGUCUGUAUGUGCAAGAGGUGAUAUCAAAACUAGGGGAAUGUGUGUGUGCUAUGUUGAGAUAUUUAUUGGGGGAGUAUGUGCAAUUUAAAAAAAAAACCAAACAAACAAAAAAAACCCGCAAAUCUUUGUGCAAUCUUAUCAUCGGAGAGACACUGGGCAGCUAUCAAACAGAGCAGUUUGAGCAGCUGACAGUAAAAGACUGAGGCACUGCAGCUUAUUAUAUUGCAGUGUUAAGAAGUGCCACAUGGUAAUUACUCAAUUAUCCCCACCUGUGAGUUUGUUUGCCUCUGUUACAGCACGUAGCCAUGCGUGUGAGAUUUCCAUUUCACUGGUAAAUACAAGCAUUCCUGUGGUUGGACGGAGUUCAUCAGUAAUAUCAUGACACCCUGGAGACGGCACAACAGGAUUUCACUGACUUAUGUUUUCCCCUCAUUUUACAGUGUGGCUGUUGUGGUCAUGAUAAUGGUGAUGCCUGAUAACAUGGGACUUAAGUGGUUGACCUCAAUUCAAUGGGAUGUCUUAAUGUCUGUAUAACUGAUGUAAUUAUUCAUGUCUGGUUAAAUGAUUAAAACUGCCUGGUCUUUGAUUUGA